AUGCCAAUCGUCGAGUUUCUCACAAUCAACACCUCCGAGGCCUAUAUCAAAGACCCCGCUUCCAGUGUUCAACCUUUGGUCGACAUUCUGAAGAAAACGGAUGGAUGCAUCACGUUUUAUCAUGGCGCGCAGGAAGAGGGGGAGAAGACCAAAGGGCAUGUUGCUAUUAUUUGGGAAACAUACGAACAUCAUGCCGCUCUAAUGAGGGACCCCUCGUAUCCACUUGUCGGGGAGGCGUUUGGCCUCUUACUUGCUCCUGGGAUACCGCAAGAGAACGCAUCGAUGGAUCAUAUUACGUUCUUGGUCGACUCCGAGACGGCACUGUCUGCUCCUACAACGGAGAUCGCUACUUUUACGCUGAAGGAGGGCGGCGAUCCCCAGGAUCUGGAUGCUGCUUUGGGUGAUCUGGCGAAGUCCAUUGAUGCAGCGGAUGGAGCGCAUCCGCCUUGCUGUUGGGGAAGUUCGAGAGAGCGAGGCGGGCUAUUCUUUCUGUUGGUUGGCUGGGACAGUUCGAAGGCCCAUAUUGCAAGUGCUUCCAGUCGUCCUGCUGAGGUGAAAGUCGUGACCGACAGGCUGAGGAAUCUUGCGGACGUAGCGGUCGUGCAUACCGCGUUUUCGAAGGCAUAA